GAUCCCAAUUCCUUCCCGCUGCUAUCAGCAUCGCUGUCGGUGCUCCCAGGAUCGCUUCCCGUGCCGCGCGGAGUGGGCCCGCUUUGGAACCCCCACCCAGGGCAGAGCGCAGCUGCUUUUGGGUGUCGGCACCGCCCGGGCCGGGCUGGGAGCGGAGGAGGAGCAGGAGGAGGAGGAGGAGGGACAGAGGAGGAAGACAAGGGAAGGCGAAAGAUAAAGAGAGGAGGGGCAGGAAGAGGAGGAGCAGGAAGACGAGGGACAAAAGAGGAGGGAGAGGAAGAGCAGUACCAGCACAAACACCACGGGGUUCUCCCGCCCGCUCGCUCAGACCACAGGUCCCCCGGCUCCGGCAGUUUCGCCUCCCCGGAACCCGCAGGUGAACGGAGAGAGGGAGAUCGCCCCAAAUCCAUCGGGGCGGGGGGGCUCCGAGAGGUUUUUUUUCCUGGGCAGGGCAUGUUUGGAUCUCGCAGGACCUCAAAGCCGAGCCGGAAAAGGACCUGGAGGGAUCUUAGCGGGUCGCAUGUGGCGAUUGGAGGCGGGCAGAGCCUGGAGAUGAGCUGGGUCCGGGGCCCUUGAGACUGAAAGGGGCACUGACUGCUGCGGCUGCACUUGGGCAGCGGGACCAUCAAACUGAACACGCUCAGCCCUUAUUUAUCCCCACAAAACAGGAUUUCCCGUUCCCAAACCUUGGCAUGAUCGAGGAGGAAAGGGCCACGAGGAAGAGGAAGAUGGACCAGGAGCGCCAGGCAGACAAGGAGCUGAGCACGGAGACCAGGGAGGAGAAAUCCCCGCGGCAGAUCCUCGUGGAAGAGGCCGUUUUGAGCGGCUCUGCGGUGCAGGAAUCCAGCAGGGCGGAAAAGCCGCGGAGAUCCCGCACGAGGAGGGGCUGCAAACGCGGAUCACGGGAAUCUGAGGAGGAAAGAACCACCCUGGGCCGGGAAGGCGGCCAGAGAUCGGAGCUGGGGGUUCCUGAGCAGCCUCAGGAUGGGGGGAAGCCCCACAAGUGCUCGAAAUGUGAGAAGAGCUUCAGGUGGAAAUCGCUCCUUCUCCAGCACUGGAGAAUCCACACGGGGGAACAGCCCUAUGGGUGUGGGGAGUGUGAGAAGAGCUUCCUGUUGAGCUCGGAUCUGAUCAAACACCAGAGGAUGCACACCGGGGAACGGCCCUAUGAGUGUGGGAAGUGUGGGAAGUGCUUCCGUUUUAGAUCCAAUCUGAUUACCCACCAGAGGAGCCACACCGGGGAGAGACCCUACGAGUGUGACCAAUGCAGGAAGAGGUUUCAGUCCAGCUCCCAUCUCCUCGUGCACCAGCAGAUUCACACGGAUGCAAGGCCCUUCUGCUGCCCCGACUGCGGGAAGGGCUUCAAGCAAAACUCCAGCCUUAUCAAACACCGGAGCGUCCACACCGGGGAGAGGCCUUACGAGUGUCCCAAGUGCGGGAAGAGCUUCAGAAUCAGCUCCCAUCUCACUGUCCACCAGAGGAGCCACACAGGGGAACGGCCAUAUGAAUGUGGGGAGUGUGGGAAGAGCUUCAGCCAGAGCUCCCACCUUAUGCGCCACCAGAGAAGCCACACUAGGGAGAGGCCAUACGAGUGUGAUCAAUGCAGGAAAAGGUUUGCCACCAGCUCCAAUCUCCUCAAGCACCAGCGGACUCACACAGAGGACAGGCCCUUCCGCUGCCCUGAUUGCAAGAAGGGAUUCAAGCGAAACUCCGCCCUCGUCAGCCACCGACGCAUCCACACUGGGGAGAGGCCCUACGAGUGUCCCGAGUGUGGGAAGAGCUUCAGCGAUAGCUCUGCCCUGCUUGUGCACCAGAGGAUCCACACCGGGGAACGGCCCUACCAGUGUGCAGAGUGUGGGAAGAGCUUUAACCAGAGCUCCCACCUGAUUAUCCACCAGAGGAGCCACACUGGGGAGAAGCCCUAUGAAUGUGACCAAUGCAGGAAGAAGUUUCAGUCCAGCUCCAGUCUCCUCCUGCACCAGCGGAUUCACACAGAUGAGAAGCCCUUCCGCUGCCAGGACUGUGGGAUGGGUUUCAAGUACAACUCCAGCCUUGUCAUCCACCGGCGCGUCCACACUGGGGAACGGCCCUACAAGUGUCCUAAGUGUGGCAAGAGCUUUUCCAGGAGCUCCCACCUCGUCACCCACAUGCGCGUCCACACUGGGGAGAGGCCCUACAAAUGUCCCAAGUGUGGGAAGACCUUCAGCCAGAGCUCCAUCCUGGUUGCCCACCAGAGGAGGCACACCGGAGAACGGCCCUACGAGUGUGUGGAGUGUGGGAAGAGCUUCAGGACGAGCUCUGAACUGAUCAUCCACCGGAGAAGCCACACAGGGGAACGGCCCUAUGACUGUGAUGAGUGUGGGGAGAGUUUCAGCCGGAGCUGCCACUUGAUCUGCCACAAGAGGAGCCACACAGGGGAACGGCCUUACAAGUGCAGGGAAUGUGGGAAGAGAUUCAUGUCAAGGUCCAACCUGAUUGCCCACCAGAAGAUCCACACAGGGGAACGGCCCUACGAGUGCGACCAGUGUAGGAAGACAUUUCCCACCAGCUCCUGUCUCCUCAAGCACCAGCAGAUUCUCACAGAUGACAGGUCCUUCUGCUGCCACGACUGCGGGAAGGACUUCAAGAGCAAUUUCACUCUCAUCAGCCACCAGCACAUCCACACUGGGGAGAGGCCCUACGAGUGUCCCGAGUGUGGAAAGAUAUUCCGAGCACGCUGCCACCUGAUCAAACACCAGAGGAUCCACACAGGGGAACGGCCCUACGAGUGUGGGGAGUGUGGGAAGAGCUUCAGAUCAAACCCUCAACUGAUUAUCCACCAGAGGAUCCAUACAGGGGAGAGACCCUACGAGUGUGGGCAGUGUGGGAAGAGGUUCAGCCAGAGCUCCAACCUGAUCAGACACCAGAUGAUCCACAAGGGGGAACGGCCCUAUGAGUGUAGGGAGUGUGGGAAGAGAUUCAGCCGGAGCUCCCACCUGAUGCAACACCAGAUGAUCCACACGGGGGAGAGACCAUACGAGUGUGGGGAGUGUGGGAAGAGCUUUAGCCGGAGCUCCGACCUGAUCAUCCACCAGAGGAUCCACACAGGGGAACGGCCCUACGAGUGUGGGGAGUGUGGGAAGAGCUUCAGCCAGAGCUCCUACCUGAUCAUGCACCAGAGGAUCCACACAGGGGAACGGCCCUAUGAGUGUGGGGAGUGUGGGAAGAGCUUCAACCAGAGCUCUGCCCUGAUGAAACACCAGAGAAGUCACACUGGGGAGCGGCCCUACAAGUGUGGGGAGUGUUGGAAGAGCUUCACGUCAAACUCUGCCCUGACCAUCCACCAGAGAAUCCACACGGGAUUGAAGCCUUACGAAUGUGGGGAGUGCGGGAAGAGCUUCAAGUCAAACUCUGAACUGACCUUCCACCAGAGGAGCCACACAGGCCUGAGGCCCUACGAGUGUGCUGAGUGCAGGAAGACCUUCAGGUCGAGCUCCCACCUGAUCUUUCACCAGAUGAUCCACACGGGGGAACGGCCCUAUGAGUGUGGGGAGUGUGGGAAGACCUUCAUGUCGAGAUCUGCCGUGAUCAUACACCAGAGGAUCCACACGGGGGAACGGCCCUACGAGUGUCAGGAGUGUGGGAAGAACUUCAGUUCGAGCUCCCGCCUAACCAUCCACCAGAUGAUCCACACCGGGGAGAGGCCCUACGAGUGUGAUCAAUGCAGGAAGAGGUUUCAGACCAGAUCCCAUCUCCUCGUGCACCAGCGGAUUCACACGGAUGAGAGGCCCUUCAGCUGUCCCGACUGUGGGAAGGGCUUCAGGGAGAAAUCCCAACUCAUCACCCACCAGCGCAUCCACACUGGGGAGAGACCCUUUGAGUGUGGGGAGUGUUGGAAGAGCUUCAGCCACAGAUCCUCCCUGAUCAGACACCGGGUCAUCCACACAGGGGAGAAGCCAUACUUGUGUCCGGAGUGUGGGAAGAGCUUCAGUCACAGAUCCUACCUCAUCAUACACUGGGUGAUCCAUACUGGGGAGAAGCCCUACGAGUGUCCUGAGUGUGGGAAGAGCUUCAGCCAGAGCUCCAACCUCAUCAAACACCGGGUGAUCCACUCCAGGGAGAAGCCCUAGGUGUGUCCCGAGUGUGGGAAGAGCUUCUCACAGAGCUCAGCCUUUACCAAUACAAACGGAGGCACCAGUGAGGGAAGCUCUAUGAGUGCCCCGAGUGCUGGAAGAGCUUCAUGCGCUCCUCCAGCUCCAUCCCCCGUGGGCGUAUUCAUGUUGGAUGAGCCCCGGUGAUCCGUGGUGCCAGUGAUCCAUGUUGGGAAGGCAACUGUCUGGGGGGGCUCCACAUCCUCCUGGCUCCCCCAUCGUCUGGAUUUUCUUUUCAUUUCUCUUUGUCUUUUUCAAACACCACAAAACCGGAGUAAAAAUAAAGAUU